GCGUUGCCCGUUUAUGGUUCGACGGCUAUAGGGCCUGGAGAGGAAGUGCGGAUUGCGGCGGUGCAUUGUGGAAAAUUAGGAGUGUUUGGAAUGAAUUGAGAGGAGGAGGAGGGCUGCAGGAACACGAAAAAGGGAAACGCAAUCACUCACACGGGCGUCCCGUUAAAAAAAACCGUAACCUCAGGUGCAACAGCGAAGCGGGGCUGGAGCAUGCAUAGACGGUGCCGUAAUUAAACCGGCACGGAGAUUGAGACAGUGUGAGAGAGACGGGCAGGAAACGAGGGAGCGCGGAGCGAAGGAAGCAUAUUUAACGAGUUGCGUUAGACGAGCUUCUCAUCGCCCGCCUGCUCCGGUCUCGCAUUGACUGCUUUCUUUUUAAACCAGGAAAUCGCCGCGGUGCGCUCUCGCCUUCUCCUUCAGCGAGUCAGUAGGUAGCAGCGAGUAUUAGGGACAGUUCGGAUCGCCGUGGUCUGAGAGAUAUUUUAAUUAUUAUAAUAAUAAUUAUAACUUCAAACCCGGAUCUUACACCGAAAACGGACAACCUGCACGCCGGGAAACAUGAGCGAGACGAGUAUCUGCCAGGCUCGUGCCACCGUCAUGAUCUACGACGACAGCAGCAAGAAGUGGCUCCCAGCAGGCACUGGGCCGCAGGUCUUAAGCAGAGUGCAAAUCUAUCACAGCCCUGCUGGGAACUCCUUCAGAGUGGUGGGGCGCAAGAUGCAGCCAGACCAGCAGGUUGUAAUAAACUGCCCGAUCAUCAAGGGGCUCAAGUACAAUCAGGCCACUCCCAACUUCCACCAGUGGCGGGAUGCACGGCAGGUCUGGGGGCUCAACUUCAGCAACAAGGAGGAGGCGGUCGUGUUUGCUAACAGCAUGAACCAGGCUCUGGAGACCCUGGGUGUGGGGGAGAGCGGAACGCUCCCCUCCCCACGCAUUCAGAAUGGACCAACCCCAGAGGAGCUGGAGCAGCAGAGAAGGCAGCAGUUGUUGGAGCAGCAGCAGCGUCAGGAGCAGCUUGAACGAGAGCAGAGAGAGCAGCUGGAGAGGGAGAGGAGGGGCUCCAGUGCAGCUGUUCCUGCGGCCCCCCCUCCUGCCCCAGGUGGCCCUCCCCCUCCUCCAGGACCUCCCCCUCCCCCGGGACCCCCUCCCCCUCCUGGACCCCCCCCAGCCUCAGGAGGCCCGCCUCCACCUCCAGCCCCGCCCCUCCCCUCUGGAGGAGCCCCGCCUCCUUCAUCUGGGGGAGGAGCCACCGGCCUGGCCGCCGCCAUCGCAGGAGCCAAGCUGCGCAAAAUGGCCAAGGAGGAAAGCCCCGCCUCCAAGGCUGAAGGCAGUCGUAGCGCCACUCUGCCAGCGGGAGGCAGCAGUGGGGGAGGGGGCGGCGGGGGGCUGAUGGGUGAGAUGAGCGCCAUCCUGGCCAGGAGGAGGAAAGCCACUGACAAAGGAGAGAAGGUGGUUCCCAAGAAAGAUGAGGAAUCGACAAACGACGAUUCGGAUUCUCCCAGUUCUAAACCCCUCGGUAGCUCAGAUUCGAUAAGGAGACCCUGGGAGAAAGCAGCCACAAUGCCCAGGAAUAACUCUGUGCCGAAGAGCCUGGAUUCCAUGAACUCACCCCAGUCUGCCUCCCCCCAGUCUGCCUUCCCCCUCUCCAGAGUGAAGUCAGUGACCACCAGCAGUAACAGCACAGAGGGGCCAAGUCCUGAUGAUUCGGAUCUGGACAGAAUGAAGCAGGAGAUCCUGGAGGAAGUGAGGAAAGAACUGCAGAAAGUGAAAGAGGAGAUUAUUGAAGCGUUCAUUGAGGAGCUGAAGAAGAGGGGCUCCUCCUAAGAGAGAGACGCCAAACUAAAGACCCACAGCACAGGACGAGCGACCACUGAGAGAGUGACGGCAGUUGUGAGAUUCACUUUCGCGCUCUCUCUCUACCAAGAGCCUUCCUCAGCCAGACACGCUUGAAAAAUGAAACAAAUCAAAUAGUACAAUCUGUAACCUGCUUUAAACUGGAGCUCAGAGCCACUGUCAGACAAACUCACCCCCCUCCCCCCCUGCUGUCUCCUGGGUGUGCCAGUGGGUAGAUCGAUUCAUCAGAAAACGAUAACAAACUUCAGGGACCAAAAUGUGGUAAAACCUCAAUGAACUAGCUGACUCUUGCUCGGCAUUCCACGUAUGAAAGUUGGUUCAGGAGGCUUUGGAAACAGGUAUUAUUUUUGUAUCGUUGUUUUUUUUAUGUAAUUUAGCAGAAGCUGUUUUUAAUAAAAGCUUUCUUUUCAUUUGAAAACGGACGGGGCUGAAGCAUUCCUCUGCCUGCCUUUCUCCUGUCUCUCCUGAGAGUGCUGACCAAGGCUUCCAGAUCCCUCUUCUGAUUAGCACAGCAACGCUAUCACUGCUGCCCUGUUUGCUUGUAUUUUGUAUCUGUGCAGAUGUUUCAAAGACAAUGCUAGAGAUGGAAAGUAGGAUGAAGCAGUUCAUCCGUAGUGUUGUGUUUUGAAAGAUAUGCAAAUGCAAAUUGGCUAUGUUAACAACGACUUCUGAUCCCCUGCCUCCUCGCCUCAGCCUUUGUUUCCUUCAGGAGUGAAGCUGUGUGAUUUGGGUGUGUAAAUCUGGUUCAAAAUCUAACAAAUAUUUGCGAAUUAGAUGGAAAACAAAAUACUGCUUUGCAAAAUAAAUAAAUAAAUAAACCAAGUGGACCCACCUCCCCAUUAAAAACAGUAGCAUACAGUCCUGUAGACCUGCUGUUACUGAAUUAAACACUGCAGAGUGUUCCUAUUUAUUUCAGACUCCCUCUUACACGAUGUGCUUGCAGUGAUGCGUUUGUGAAUUCUGUCACAUGAACGAACAGGAACGUGGGCAUUUCUGCAACCGAGUACACUGCAAGCAGAGUUUGUGUGAAUAGUCAAAUAUUGUUCUCCUGAGUCGUUCACACACAGAGGGAGAGAGAGCGAACAUACAGACUGCAGAGUGUGUGCUGCACAUGGCAGGAGGUUUUCUUUGUAUCUCUGAACCCAGGCACACACACAGAGUGAUGUCAGAUAGACCAAUCGCAAACUGCGCAGCUGAGAUGAGGCAGGAUCCAGUCUCUAGUGCCACAGUGUGGAGGGAGAGGGAUGAGGUGCCUGGAAGUCAAAGGGAAAGGAUUUUUUUUGAACUGCUAAAUUUUUGUUUCCGUUAUUCAUAUGAGAGGGUAGCGAGUUAGUCUGCUGUCUGUCUGCACAACCUUGGAACAGAGAGAGGUGAAAGGCAGGAAUGCAAAGCCAGUGAAUUAGUCUGUUGAGCUUCUCUAAGUUCUGUCCUAUAGCAAGCAAUGCCAGUGCCCCUGUCUCCUGUCCAGCUUGACUUAUACCUGCACCAAACCCCACACUGCUGUACACAUGGGAGUGGGGGCUGCUGACAGUGGUUCUGAGAGUCCAAUCUCUUUGUUUUGUAUUUUAAUAUAUAAAGAAAAAAAAAAACAGUUUGGCUGUUGGCCACUUUUCUGCUACUGCCUUUGAAGAAUGAAAUAUGAUAUAAAUAUGUGUUUUGUUUUUGGGGGAAGAAUAUUAUCUACUGUGUGUUUUUUCUAUUUUAUUUGAGAUUAUGGUGAAUGGUAGUGGGGGGGGGGGGAUGUUUAAUUUUUUAAUGAGAACUUUGUUUUUGGUUGUUUAUUUUUUCUAUUAGAGUAGAGAUUUAGCAUUUUUACACUGAAAUAUGUUUAUCAGAGCAAAGAAAGCACCCAGAUACACUGGAAUUCAUCGAUGCCUUUGUAGCCAAAUACAGCUGCUUCCUGUACUCAA